AUGCCCAACACUCUUCAACCUCGUAAACCAACAAGAGGUCGAGCUGCUGCUCCGGCUAGAUUUAUGGAAAGUAAGUUGUUUUUUUGCGAAGAUUUUUGAUCAUGUCAAUAUCAGAAUUUGUUUUUUUUUUUGCAUGGACAUAUGCAAAACAUAUAAUUUAGGCUUUGAAAGGUUUUUGAAAAAAUAAAGGGUUCUGAAGAUAAAACUAGGGUUUUCAAAUGAAUUCAAAAUUUUGGAAAAAUAUGAGGAUUUCUAAAAUUUAUUAUUUUUGUCUCAAUUGAUGAUUAUUUUCAGUUUUUGUAUAUAUUUCAUCCAGGAGUUAGCCUACGUUUUGAAAAUAUGUAUUGUCUGGAAAUCAACCUUAAGCUUAGCUUCAAAUAUUUUUUGUUUUUUUUUUGAUUUCGGGAUCAAUUUCAGAAAAUUAGUACACUCACAAAAUAUAAAUGAAAAUUGACCUCUCGACUUCCAGAAAUGCCUUCAUAUCUUAAUUUCUCCAACCUUUCAGUGUCUUCCAAAGUAAAUUUCACGGCAUGUGGAUGGAUUUUAACAAUCUGCUCUUAUUUAUUGGCCUUCAUCACAUUACCGGUCUCAAUUUUCCUAUGCGUCAAGGUAACCUUUUUUUCUCCUUUCCUUUUUUCAUUCAAAAUUCGUUUUCAGGUUGCUCAAGAAUACGAACGUGCAGUAAUAUUCCGAUUAGGUCGUGUUAAACCAGGCGGUGCACGAGGUCCUGGUAUCUUUUUUGUGGUUCCUUGCAUCGAUUCGUAUAAGAAAAUUGAUUUGAGAACACUGUCCUUUGAAGUUCCACCUCAAGAAUUGCUGUCGAAAGAUGCGGUGACAGUUGCUGUUGAUGCUGUGGUUUAUUUCAGAAUCUCAAAUGCCACUAUCUCGGUAUAAUCAUAAAUCUUUUCUGUAUUUUUUCCAAUAACCAGUUCUAUUCAGGUCAUCAACAUUGAAGAUGCUGCACGAUCAACAAAACUAUUGGCUCAAACCACAUUGAGAAACAUUUUGGGAACCAAAACUUUGACCGAAAUGUUAUCAGAUCGUGAUGUUAUCUCACUUCAAAUGCAGGUAAUUGCUGAAUAUUUCGAGAGAGAAAAAGAGAGCAUAGAGAAAAAGAACGAAAAUAAUUUCCGGUGUCAAUCAUCCAAACUCAUUUCCGGGUUUACUUAUAUUUUUUGUACUUUUAUAUAACAUAUGAAAGGCAGCAGAAUUUAUAAAUAUGAAUAUUUCAAUUUGAAUUCAGAAUAAGCUGUGGAGAAGACAGAGAGAGGAAAUUAAAACAUUUGAGGAGGAUUUUUGAUAUUAUUAAUUUGAAAAUAAGGAUUUUUUGGAAUAAUUUUGCAACGAAGUAAAAUCAAAACAUGACGUCAUUUGAACCUAAAUUUUAGAGAAAUACUUUAUGUGCAUAUAAACCUUGGAUAUAAACUUUCAAUUUCUAAAACGUUUAUUUUUCACAAAAAAGUAAAAAUUCCAAAAACGUCUCCAUAGUUUGUUAUAUUUUUUUCACUUUGAAAAAGGCUCCACGUUCAAACAGUUAAAUUUUUCUGAAAAAAAAACAAAUUUUUCACUGAACCUCUUCUUCCCAAUCUUUCCCCCUCCAAAAAUUCCCAAAACAACAAAAAACAUCUUCCCACAUAUCCACUAUGAAAAAAAAUCAUGUAUCCAUUCUCAUUUCCCAUUCUUUUUUAUGCCAAUGUUAUGCUUUGUGUUUUUUUAAGGCAACACUUGACGAAACAACAAUCCCAUGGGGUGUAAAAGUGGAAAGAGUCGAAAUGAAGGAUGUUCGUCUUCCGUAUCAAUUGCAACGAGUUAUGGCCGCUGAAGCAGAAGCAACCAGGGAUGCGUGUGCUAAGGCAUGUUUUUUUUGUGAUUUUUUGAGGACCAAAGAAAACAAAUUGGGGGCUUGGGGGAGCGAAUUAUAUAUAAAUUCAUAUUUUUCAGAUUAUUGCUGCUGAAGGAGAGAAAAAUGCAUCAAGAGCUCUAGGAGAAGCUGCAGAUGUGGUAAGAAAAAACAGUCGAUUUCUAAAGUUUUAAAUCCCUUAUUGUAGAUUUCCACAUCGCCAUGUGCUAUUCAACUUCGCUACCUGCAAACAUUGAAUAGUAUUAGCUCGGAGAAAAAUAACACUAUUAUUUUCCCGUUCCCUAUGGAAAUGAUGACCAAAUUUAUUAAACGACAACAAAAAUCGGUUAUGAAACGGUAAAAUUUUCUUAUUUCGUUUUUCAUUUUCAUAAAAAAAAAUAUUUUUCAGGAUAAGCGCGAUCAAGUAUAGUUGAAACUUCAACCAAUAGAACAAUUCAAAAUCCGGUUAAUUUUCAAAUUUUAUGAAUUUUUUUUCGAUCUCAUUUUAAUAAAUGAUUUUUGUGUAUAUUUACAUUUUCAGUAGGUCAAACAGUAUAGGCGGGAAAAAAGUAUAAAAAAACGUUUCUGUUUAAAAUAUCAAAUUAUUAUCAGAUUUCAUAACAUAAAUUUUCACACUUCAACCAUCAAACAAAUAUGAAGAAUUUUCUGAGUUUCAAUAUCAGAAUACUAUUUUUCAUAAUCUGGAAAUCUGUUAAUCCACUUGAUGUUGAUAUCUUUGAAAGCUUUGAAGAGUAAGUUAAAAAUGCGUCACCAGGUAAUUAUUUUUUGAAUCAAGAAAUAUUGAUCGGAAUGUUUCACCUUGCGAUGAUUUUUAUCGCCAUUCCUGUUCAAAAGAUGCUCCAGACGCCACAACAAUUCAGAAUAAAAUUUGGUCUGGAUUUCGAGAAGAACUCGAUUUGUAUACACCUGAUUUAAACGAAAUAAUUAUGAAAAUCAGAAAUGAGUUCACAAUUAUCGAAAAAGUUGGGAUGAAAAAUCAUUUAUUAGAAGAAUAUUUCAAUAAAUGUAGAAGCAAUGAAUCAGAUGCAAGAGAAUUACUCUACGAAAUGAAUAGAUAUUUUCAUUCUUCUCAUUUUUAUAAUUGUUGUUUUCAAAAUGCAUUAUUGUUUCCAACUUGUGAAGAAGGAACUGAUCGAUUGAACAAAUUGUUGACAAACUAUUUGGCCGAUGUAGAGAUUGUUAGUUGAGAAAUGAAUUUGAAAAAAAAAAUGAAAAGUGAGGUUUACUUUUUUUUCCAGGGGUUGGAUAAGAAAGCGAUAAAAUUCUUGAAUCAUUAUCGUAAUUUACAAUUAUAUCGAUGGUAUCAAAAUAAUACAGUGUUAUUCGAUAUGAUUGAGAAAAUUUUUGAAGAUCUGAAAACCGAAGCAAAGAAACUAACGCUGGUAACCUUUAGCGAUUAUUCCCUAAUUAAAUAAUAAUAUUUUCAAAGGAAACCCCCUGGAUGUCAUACAAUGUUGAUGUGUUUUAUGGAAUCUUGGAUCAAUUGAGAAUCGACGCUUCUACAAGUUUGUUCGAAGCAAGUUCUGAAUUUUUCGAACAACUUUUAGCAAAAUAUCAUGAAUGUCAAAAGUAUGAUUUUGGGUUUUAUGAAUAACGUCUCAAGAGACGUUAUUUGUAAAAUCAUAAUAUUUCGUAUAUAUCUCGGCACAAAAAAAAAAUUCGAAUUUUCAAUUUUUUUUUUUAUUUGAAAGCCCUUUGGUUAAGAAGCAAAAAGCACAUAAUAUGACGUCAUACAAACGUCUCCUCCUCCCGGACUACACGGUUAUGUACCGAAAGUGGCAUUUUUCGACCUAACGUAACUUUGCUCUACUUUCAUAUUUUUUGAUGAUUAAAAAAGCAAAAGUGAUUAUUUUUUUGCGAAAAAAGAAGAUGGACACAACGGCGGAAAGAUUAGAAUACGUUUUAAAAAGUUCUGACAUAACCCCCUAAAAAUUAUGCUUAGGAAUAACGACGUCCUUUCAACUCCUUUUCCAUUGGAUUCCUCUCGAUUUUUUAGGUAUAUUAACAUAAAAAAUAAUUAAAAUCAUGACACCUUUCAUAUUGUGAUAUACCGUCAAAAACAACCUAUCUGCGCGCAUGCAACAAACACCUGUUCGCACUUCCCUAUUUUGUUUUUUUUUAUCGAUCGAAAAUUUUUAUUGUUUUUUUAUAAAGAGGAGACGAAAUUUUCUAGGCAUGUACGAUUAAAAAAAAACACACUUGAACUUUGACCAAACUACACAAUGUUAUGGGUUAGGUCAUUCAUAUAAAAAACACAAACCUACAUAUGAUCAAUAAAACAAACGAUCGACGUUCGAUCAAACUACAUUAUUCAUACAUUUUUUGUUCAGUUUUUGUGUUUUUGUCGUUUUUUUCUUUGUUUUCAAUUUCCUGGUUUUUUUUUUAAAUUUGAUUCUAUAUAAAUGAAACUAUUAUUUGAAGGUUAUGGAACUUUUCAUUUUGGUGUUUGUCACAGUUUUUUGUGUUUUGUUAGGCACAAAAAGACGCCAGGUAUUGUUUUAGUUUUUUUUAGUUCUGAAAUAUAUGAUAUUCUUACAGGAUACAUCGUCUGGAGAUCAGGCAAAUAAUACGAAAAUAUGUUAUUUUGAAUCUGUUGGUAAAUGUAAAUUGGAAACUUCCGAGCGAACCCCAAGAUUCAAUUUGCGCCCAUGCAAAGGCGAAAUUAACAAAAAGUAAGAUAUCUUUUAUUUCUCAAUUACGUGUUUUUUUUCAGAAUAAUUGAACUAAAAUCAACAGAAGUUGACAAUUAUUUUGGUGCCAAAGAUGCAUUAGGAUUGGUAUUGUGUAGAGGAAGUGCAAAUUGGUUGGUUCUUUCCACAAUUCAAUUAACAUAAUAUAUAUAAUUUAGUAUUGAUAAAAUCGAACCGACACAACUAGCUGAAUAUGAAAAUUCAUAUAUCUGUGAAGAACACAUCAAGCAACUGUUGACACAUUGGGAUAACAAGCUCUACGCUCAUAUUCUUAUCAAACAAAAGAAAGGGGUGCGUUCCAAAAUAAAUUAUUUGCAUUGAUUUUAUUUUAGAAUCGUCAAAUGGCGUGUUCUUUUCCAAACAACGUAUUCCAAAUUCAUGACGAAUUGAUUGUUGUGAAAUCGAAAAAAACAAACGCCAUCACUGUCCAAGAUUCGAUGAAUAUUUUGAAACGACACGGAAGUUUUAUUCCGCCUGGAAUUCGUAAGUUUCCAAAUAACAUAGCAGUUCAGAGAAGUUUCUGUAUUCCAGCUAUGUGUGAAGGUCAUCGGAAAUAUGUUGACUCAUUAGAAGAUGAUGGAUCGGAAUUUGAAGAACCUGGUUCGGUUCAGAGUACUUCGACGACAAUCACAACUUCAACAGAAGAUAAUGAACAAGCGAAUUCAAAAAAUGCCAAUUCCUCAGCGUUAGCUAUGCCGGAAUAUUCAGAGAGUUGCAUUAAGCAGUUGUUUUUUCAAUUCGCGAAAGCAGCUGGAUUCUGUCGAGUAGGCGUCUUUUUGAAUCACAGAAAUAUUUAUUUAUUACAGAUAUUGUCGCGUAAAGCUCUUUCCAAGAUGUCUCCUGCAACACAACUAAAAAAAGCAUCAAUGGUUAGAUCAUUAUUAGAAGUUAUACUGAAAUUUAUUGCUCCAUCAGACUGGGAAGAUUUGAGAGAAAUGGUUAUGAAAAGAGAGUAUAAAAGUGUUUGGACAUUCCAUCAUGACGAAAAUUUGACAAAAAUUAUUAAAGAAAUCAGUAUGCAGUAUCGACAAGGUGAAAAUCGAGCAGAAAGAAUAGCAAUUUUAUCGACGAUUGCCAGAAUCAUUCCGCUUAAUCAGAUUCAGUUAUUUAUUCCUGGAUUAACCAGAAGCAUAUAUGAUGAUGCUCGACGAGUGCCGAAGAUCAUAUCAAAAACAGAAAAAAGAAAACGGGAUAAGUACGAGCCAGAAAGCGUGAACAUGUUCAUCGAAUUCAUUACUAGGUAUUUACUAGUUAUGUUCUAUUCUAAUUAAUUUGUUUUCAGUAAUAUCAUUAUGUCUCCUCAUGUAUUUGGAUCGCAAAAAAUUAGGUUUUCUGACGGUACAGUUGAACACAUCCCACAAACUAUCAGAAAACAAUCAGCAACGGAGAUAAUUAACAUGUUCAAAAAAUAUUUAAAGGUUAGAAAAUUAAUAGAAAAUUACUCUAAAUAUUUUUUUUCAGGAUACGGAUCAGGAGGAUUUCUUGUUCAGUGACAAUGUUUAUUAUAAAAUUCUGAACGUUUGUGCGGCAACAGAAAUGAAAUCGUAUUCAUGUGUGGAUUAUUUCAAAGUUGAUGCAUAUGAGGUUUGAUAAUUUGACACAAUUCAAAUUAUACUAUGGAUUUCAGGGCCAGAAAGAAAUCAUAAAUGUAUUAGAUUUCAUGAAACAAAAAAAGUUCAUAUCUACGGAUCAUUUCGAGGAACUAUCGGAACGGCUUUUUGAUUACUUACAUUACCUGAAAACUGAUUAUUAUUUACAUAUCAAACAAUGCUCCCGAAUCCCAGAUCAUUGUUUGAAAUAUUCGUUGAGUGAUCUAAACAAUAUUCAGUUGUCAACACCGUGUGAUCAUGACCAUGAUAUCGAAUGUGAUCGCUGUGAAGCUGGAAGGAUUAUUAUGAUGACAAUACAAGAUACAGUACAGAGUGUUAUUGAAGAAAUUGAGUCUUCAACGUCACAAAAUAGUAGGCUGAAAUAGAUAAAAUUAUUUUGUUUUAAAUUAAUAUUCAGAUUCUUUGGUGAAUCGUCAAAUAUUGGAAGAUCUCAAAUUUCGCUCAAAAAUGAUCGAUGAGAGUAUCACAAGAAUUAAUGAAUUGAAGAAACAUAUUAUCAGAUCUAGAGCAUCGGAAUUAUCGAAAAUAUCACAGUUAAAAGAUCUUGGAACUGGAGAAGUUUUUAUAUUGAUGGAUUAUGCUCAGAAAAUUUUGCCGAUGAAACACAGAGAGAGCCAAAAGGAUUAUUUUGGAAAAGUGGGAAUGAGUUGGCAUAUCACACACGUUACAACGCGAAUUGACGGCCAAUUUAUGUCACACAAUAUCAUUCAUAUCAUGAAAGAGAAACAAGUAUGAUUUCGUUUAUUCUCAAAUUAUAUAAAUUUAACAAAUCAUAUUUUCAGACAUCGGAAAUUGUUGUAGCAAUCAUUGAUCACAUCAUAAGUAUAUUGAAAGAGAAAAAAAUUAGAAAAUUUUAUUUCCGUUCUGACAAUGCAGGAAAUUACCACAGUGCUUCAACAAUUGCCUCUCUCCUCCAUCUUUCAAAAAAACACAACGUUACUAUUGAAGACUAUAGUUUUAGUGAAUCCCAAGAUGGAAAAUCUCAUUGUGAUAGAAUUGCUGCAGUUGCGAAAAGAAAGGUGAGAAACAGACCAUUUUUGAAUAUGUAGGAUCAGUUACAGGUUCGUACGGCUGUUGAUCAUGGUUGUGAUGUUACAAAUGAAGACGAUUUAUUUAAUGUACUUGGAAAUAAAUCCUUGAUGAAUUCCAGCUCAGUUUAUUUAUGUAGAGUAAAAUCAUGUGCUUCUGAUGCCUCCGAAAAUAAGAAGAAAUUGAAAAAUGGUCCAAAAAUUCCAAUGAUCAGCCAAUUGUUCCACUUCAAGUACACACAAAACGGUAUAAUUGGUUACGGCUACAAAAACAUUGGAGAAGGAUUGACGAUUCUCGAAAAAGAUUUGCAUAUGACAAUUCCAUUAUUAAUGAUAGAAAAGGUGAGCUAAUAGAAAAGGUGAGAUUAUUCAAAUUUUCUCACAGUUAAUAUUUUCAGAAAUCCUUCGGUCAAGGUGGUUUUUGGUUUUCACCGAAACAAAACGAGAAAAAAGACAACAGGUAAAAAAAAUGUCUGGUAUCUAAUUCCAUUAUAAAUUUUUCCAGGGUGAAAGAAACACAAGCACAAGAAAACCAAACUGAAGAAGUGUUAGAAAACAGCAUUUACGGAUGUCCUGUUACUGGCUGUAUAAAAAAGUAUUAUUAUUAUACCGGCCUUCAGCGUCAUCUUCUUGAAGACGACCAUGAUCUUAAACCAGAAAGAAUCACAUUGACAGAUUACGCUUUAAAUUUGUAUAAAGAUAGAGUAAGUCAUUUUAUAUAAAACUGAUCGGAUUAUAAAAAAUAUUUGUUUAUAAUUUCAGGUCGAGCAUUUCUCGGAUGUUGAUAUAACCAUUGAUAAAACUGCUCUUGAAAAUAUUGGAAAACGUAAAAUAGAAGAAUCUGUUGAGAAAGGAUGGGCGCUGAAAACUAGAAGAAAGCCCGGAAGGUUGAUUACAUUUUAUUUUCAGAAACAUAUAGUUCUUUUAGAUUCUCAAAAAACGUAAUUGAUGCAUUGACCGAAAUUUUUGACGAAGGAAAUUCUCGCGGUUUAAAAUACACUCCAGAAGAAGCACAAAAAUUGAUGCAACAACAAAAGAAUACUGACAAAAGUCCAAAAUUCAACAUUGAUGAAUACCUGAGUGCAAGACAAAUUGGCAGUUUUUUCAGCAGGCUGAAGUCUCAACGAGAACAGAAAAAAUCUUGUAAUCAGAAUGCAACUCAUAUGAAAAAUGAAAAAGAAUCGGAUGAAUAUGACUUUGAAUCGGAUAUGCCUCUUGACAAUUUUAUACAUCAAUCAAUCAAUAAGAGCCGUGGUGAAAUUUUUGACAAGGAUAAUGAUGAGAAAAACGAACCAAAUGUUUUCACACAACAAUCGAAAAGGAAAAAAUCCAAAUUGCCACUAUUUUGUCAAUGA